ACCCAACGCAACAAGCCCAUACUCAACCAAGUACUAUCAAACCCAAACAAUUACAGAGACCUCGUAUAAAACAGACAUCGGAAAAGUAUCAAAUUAGAAUGAAGACCGUGUAUCAGCUCUGGGUGGAAGGCAAAGAGACGGCAGGCAACGGUGAAAUUAUACAGGUAGAAAACCCGGCGACAGGGGAAAUCAUUGCCCAGUGCCAUUCCGCUUCCGAUGAAGAUGUCGAGGCCGCCGUCCAGCAUGCUCACAAAGUCUACAAGUCUGGUGUUUGGUCAAAGGCCUCACGACACGUCCGGGCCGAUGUUCUUGACAAAGUGGCUGAGCUUUUAACUGAGAGCCUGCCUAGCUUAAUUGCUCUGGAGGUGGAUCAGACUGGACGUGCCAUCCGUGAAAUGAAGGCUCAAGUACCGUCUCUCGUCCGCUGGUUCCGGUACUACGCCUCGGUCCUCCGUACCGAGGAGUGUAGCGUGCUGCCUACCUCUGGAAAGCUUCACAACUGGAUCGAUCGGGUGGCAUUGGGUGUCGUAGUCCAAAUAACUCCGUUCAACCACCCGUUACUCAUUGCAGUCAAGAAACUAGCCCCGGCGCUAGCUGCUGGAAACUCUGUUAUCCUGAAGCCAAGCGAGCUUACUCCGAUUACCAGUCUACUACUUGGCCCUAUCCUCAGCAAAGCCGGUCUUCCCGACGGUGCAUUUACCGUAUUGCCUGGCCUGGGCGCAACAACUGGCAAGGCACUUGUCAGCCACCGCUUAGUGCGCAAGGUCGACGUCACAGGUGGUACCAACGCUGGACGAGCAAUUGGAUCCAUCGUCGGAGGAAAUCUUACUCGUUAUACUGCUGAACUUGGAGGAAAAGCCCCUCUGGUAAUAUUCAAGGACGCGAGCAUAGAUGCUGCUGUCAACGGCGUGGCAUUUGGCUCUUUUAUUGCUAGCGGCCAGACAUGUGUUGCAGCUACGAGAAUCAUUGUCCACAAAGACAUCAUUGGCCAAGUAACAGCCGCGCUGAAGGCCAAAGCGGAAUCUAUAUAUGAGCGCAUGGCUGCUCCUACACAUCCAGAGUCGACGAUGGGUCCGCUGAUUUCCGCUAAACAACUCGCCAACGUUGAAGCCCUUGUCAACGACGCUGGUCAGAGCGGCGCUAAUAUUCUCUGCGGUGGGCAACGUAUGACGGGAACGUCGCCUGUCGAUGGAACCGACUUUUCGAAAGGAUACUUCUACUCGCCGACUAUAAUCACGUCUAGCAAAGACUGUAAUGUUCUAACUACACGAGUCUGGAAAGAAGAGGCGUUUGGCCCGGCUAUUGUGUUGGUAAGCUUUGAUAGCGAUGAAGAGGCUGUGCAGCUGGCAAACGAUUCUGAGUACGGCCUCGGUGCUGCACUUUGGACGACCGAUUUAAGCAAAGCCUUUCGUAUUUCGGAGGAGAUUGAUGCUGGUAUCGUUUGGGUUAAUACACAUCACCGAAAUGACCCAAGUAGUCCCUGGGGUGGUGCAUCGACUUCGAGUGGCGUGGGCAGUGAGAACGGCCUUGACGCAUACCACGCAUAUACAACGGCAAAGAGCACAAUCAUUAACUACGCAUCGACUGGGGAAUCAUUGGCGGCUGAUGACUGGUUCAGGGUGGGAACUGGUAACAUUCGAUACGGCUAAGAAACUAAUGGAAUACAAUUUUUCGUUUCGAAAUAUGAACAACUGUACUACAAUAGAUUUAAACCAUGCUAGUAUGUGGCCUUGAGUCGCUGCACAAGAUAAUCACCGCUAUUGAUACCACCAUACUUUUUGUCAGCCUCCGUCUUGUAUGUGCCAGGCAAGACCUCAAUCUGGCUAGUGAAAUUGGGAUUGCAAAAGUAUGCAAUGCUAUAUCGCGGAGGAUGCGUGCUGUCUUGGCUUGGGGGCUCAACGACACGGUGGACCGUACUCUUGAUAGUAUCGUUGCUCCAUCGAGAAAGGAGAUCUCCUGCGUUUACGACAACUGUUCCAGGAAUGGGGGUUGCGUCCACAAACUGCCCGGAAGGGCUCUGUACCUGCAAGCCGCCGCGUUGGUCUUGGAAUAGAAGGGUAAUUGAACCGUAGUCGCUGUGUGCACCAGCACGGACUUGACCAGCGUUGAUUUUGAAAACCUCUGACUUGACCUCAGGGUAAUGUAGCAGACGAAGGGUGUUGUCACCAACAUCGACAAAGUUAUCAAAGAAAGAAUCCCCUAGACCCAUGCCGAUACCGAUAGCCCGCAUCACCUCCACAUGAAGUGCCUUGCACUGAGCAUAAAAGUCAAGCAUAUCAGCCUUCCAGUUGGCCAGCGAGCCAUUCUCCGCAGGCCAGUGGUUGGGAUGAUCGGGUUCUCCUUCGCGGCCGAUUUCAAAACUCUCCUUCAGAUCGGGGGCAGCAGCACGUUCCUUUUCGACGUCAUCGCUGUUGAAAUGAUGACUGACUUUUUCUCUACCCGGCGAAGAGUAACCACGGUUGGCCUCUGGUGUGGUCCAUCCUAGCGCCAGCUUAUCUUCCAACGGCUGGGCGAAGAAGUCGGCUGAGCGAGCAAAAGUGUGCUUCAAAGCAUCGGCUGAGACGGGAUGGUUCUUCAAAUAAAUGAAGCCUGCAUCCUGGAAGCCGUGGAGGAUGGCAUCCGCGGUUUCCUUGCGUUCCUCGGGCGACCCCGCGGCAAACUUGGAGAAAUCAAUAAG